UCUCUUGUAAUUAAAGAACAGUCUUAUUGACAAAAAUACAGCUUGAGGGUAAAGGGAAAAGAUUGCUAUGGCAGAGCAAGGUUCAGUCUUGAUUAUUUGUCUGCCUCAGCUAUGCUAAUUGCCAGUCUAAUAGCGUGGUUUCCUCCUUGGGAUGAACAUGCAUGGAGUUGUUCCAUGCAUCCAUGGCAUGCAUGGAAUGCAUGGAACAAUGCAUCCAUGGUGAUGAGGCAUCCAGGCUUUAGCAGCCACUUCUGGCCUGUAAAAUGUAAGGUUUAUGUUAAUGAAACUUGGAGGAAAGGACCAUCAUGUCUCUGUAUAUCUAUUAGGUUCACUUAUAUCAUUAGGUUCACUUAAACUGCCUUUCAGGAAAGCACUUUUGUCUCCCAAGCAUCCAUCUUGCAUUCUGCAAGCACCCACUUGCAGAAGUGAAGAUAUUCGGCUGAUGGCCUCUGUUCCCGUUAGUGCCCGGCAGAUUUGAGCAGCUUUAACAGGCGUCUCUACCAUGACACUGCACUGCUUGCAGCUUUUUCUCUUGCUUCUGCUUGGUUCAUGGUGGCCAGACUCAGAGCAGCAUAUGGUGGGAGCUGUGAAGAUCAGGGAGCACUAUAUAGCUGCACAGAUCACCAGCUGGACCUACAAACCAGAACCCGAGGAAAAGUCCAGAUUAGAACAUUCAGAUCCUGUAUUUAAGAAAAUUUCUUACAGAGAGUAUGAAGUGGAUUUUAAAAAAGAAAAACCAGCAAAUACAUUUGCAGGACUUCUGGGACCAACCCUGCGUGCUGAAGUGGGAGAUACUUUAGUGGUUCACCUUAAAAAUAUGGCUGACAAGCCAGUCAGUAUUCAUCCUCAAGGCCUAGUUUACAGCAAAAAUGAAGAAGGCUCCCUGUAUGAUGACAGAACAUUACCUGCAGAAAAACGAGAUGAUGCUGUACUUCCAGGCCAGCUCUACACAUAUGUGUGGGAUAUAUCAGAAGAAGUUGGUCCAAGAGAAGCUGACCUUCCUUGUCUUACUUAUGCUUACUAUUCUCAUGAGAACAUGGCAAUGGAUUUUAACUCUGGUCUGAUUGGAGCACUGCUGAUUUGCAAGAAAGGGAGUCUAAAUGAGGAUGGCUCACAGAAACAUUUUGACAGGGAAUACGUACUGAUGUUUGGUGUGUUUGAUGAAAACAAGAGUUGGCAAAAAUCAGCAUCAGUCAAGUAUGCAAUUAAUGGCUAUACUGAUGGAGCGUUACCAGAUUUAGAGGCUUGUGCAUAUGACAACAUUAGCUGGCACUUGAUAGCAAUGAGUUCCAAGCCAGAAAUCUUCUCCAUUCAUAUCAAUGGCCAGUCCAUGGAGCAAAAACAUCACCGAGUUUCUGCUGUUAACUUGGUGGGAGGAGCCUCAACCACCGUAAACAUGACAGUGACUGAGGAAGGAAGAUGGCUCAUAUCUUCUCUUGUUCAAAAGCACCUGCAAGCUGGAAUGCAUGGUUACCUCACUGUAAGGGACUGUGGGGACAAAGAGGUGAAGAAGAAUCGUCUCUCCUACAGAGAACGUCUUAUGGUCAAAACCUGGGACUAUUUCAUUGCUGCAGAAGAAGUCACCUGGGAUUAUGCCCCAAGUAUUCCAGACACCCUUGAUAGACACUAUAAAUCACAACACUUGGACAACUUCUCCAAUCUCAUAGGUAAAAGGUAUAAAAAGGCUAUUUUUACACAAUAUACUGAUGCCAGCUUUACUAAACGUCUGGAAAAUCCUCGUCCCAAGGAAACUGGAAUCUUGGGCCCUGUUAUCAGAGCUCAAAUCAAUGAUAAAGUCAGAAUUGUAUUCAAAAAUAAGGCCAGUCGACCCUACAGCAUUUAUUUCCAUGGAGUGACACUUGCAAAGAAUGCAGAAGGAGCUGAUUAUCCUCUGGAUCCCACAAGCAAUGGCACCCAGAGUAGAGGAGUUGAACCAGGGAAUAUGUACACUUACGAGUGGAAAAUUGCUAAAACAGACCAACCCACUGCAGAGGAUGCACAAUGUAUUACAAGGCUGUAUCACAGUGCUGUAAAUAUUGAGAGAGAUAUAGCCUCUGGACUGAUUGGCCCACUUCUGAUUUGUAAAAGUGAAGCACUGACACAAAAGGGUGUGCAGAAAAAGGCAGAUGAGGAGCAGCAGGCAGUAUUUGCUGUGUUCGAUGAAAAUAAGAGCUGGUACCUAGAGGAUAACAUCAAGGAGUACUGCAGCAACCCAGCCACUGUUAAAAGGGAUGAUCCCAAGUUCUAUAACUCGAACAUAAUGCACACAAUAAAUGGCUAUGUGUCUGACAGCAGUGAAAUCCUUGGAUUUUGCCGAGAUACUGUGGUUCAGUGGCACUUUUUCAGUGUUGGCACUCAUGAUGAGCUUGUCUCUGUUCGCCUUGCUGGACACUUUUUUCUGUACCAAGGGAAAUAUGAAGAUACACUGAGCCUUUUCCCAAUGAGUGGAGAAUCAGUCACAGUGGAAAUGGACAAUGGUGGUACUUGGCUUUUGGCAUCCUGGGGCACCCCAGAAAUGAGUUACGGCAUGAGGCUGAGAUUCAGGGAUGCUAAAUGUGACUAUGAGGAAGAUGAAACAUUUGAUGUUGUGGCUUUAAGUCCCACCAAGACUGAAAGAAAGGCUGUUACCACCUCAGCUGAGGAAGAUGUGCAAGAAAAUGACGAAAACAAGGAGGAAUCAGAUUACCAGGAUUACCUGGCUUCUUUUUACUCCAUCCGAGGCUCAAGAAAGGCAGCAGGUGAUGAAGAAAAACAGAAUCUUACAGCCCUGGCCUGGAAGGAGUAUGAAGAUGCUGAUGCUAUGAGUUCUGUUGGCUCAGAUCUGACAGCUAUAAAUAAUAGUGGAACAACAAACAACUCUAAGUUCUUAGAAACUCAUAUCACUCCUCUUCCCCCAGUCAAGGCCGAAACAUUCCAGUCAAAUCACACAUCAGUCACAGCAGAAGAGGAUUUAUUUUUAGCUACCACAAGUGAUGGAGAAGCUGACUUGGUAUUUGAGAAUAGAAGCCAAAGCAACUAUGAAAUAGCUCACAGUAACAUGUCUGCAGGUGAACACUUGCUGAGCAAUGGGGAAGGCCCAGUGAAUGUUGCAGAAGAGCUUCCAGCUGGUGGAAAUGACAGUAAACCUUUUCCAGAAAAGCAUCAAGAGCAAAGCACAAGAAGAGGAAAUUAUACCACUCACCAGAGAAGGAAAAGGCGUAGCUCACUGCCCAUUAAGUUUUACUCUGUCCAAAAGAUGAAUGCCCUUCUAAAUCAUGUCCGAAAUAAAAAUGUCUCAUUUUCUGACAAGACCGAUGCACCUUACAGACCGGUGCAUCAUACAGAGAACACAUCCAAUGAAGCCAUGGUGGGAACUGGCCAACUGCCAAAUGAACAUGAUGAUGAUCUGGAAGAGGAGGGAAAGAAGAUGGAAAAUGCCAUGCAUACAGUUAACUUGACACUGGAUUUGGACCUCAUAGUAGGAGAUAGGUCUAAUGCAUCCAGCCUUUCUGAACCCAGGAUAUCCAAAGAUAAACCAGCAGAUGUUUUUUCUUUAGAAUAUAUGUUAGACAAUACAAGCCCUAAUUCCAGCCCUGCUGUAGUGAAGAACUUAUUGGAAGCAUCAUUGCCUGGGGCUGGGAAAUAUUCAUCUAAAAUGACUAGUGAGGAAUGGAAUUUGGUAUCUGCAAAGAUGAAUCUGGGAUUAGAGGCAAGCUUAGAUAAAUCUGCUGGUGGUAAGUUAAGUCAUCAUGGCAGAAAUGGUACAGCAUCCCUAAAUAAGGAGGAUAUGAAGUAUCAGGGGUUCUCACAUCUAAUUGGGGAAAACCAGAAAGGGACCCACAUGCACCCAACUCAUAAAGAAAAGGAGGGAAACAAGAAUGAUACCUUGACUUUGUCUGGAACCUUCAUCAAGAUCCGAAGGAGAAAAAAGGAAGACGCAAAAAUUACCUACUUGCUGAGCCCACGGAGUAGAAACCCCAAAAAGCCCAUCAAUUCCAUAGCAGGAUUUGGCCGUGCGUUGCUUCCAGGUGGGACCAACCACACGGCAGUGCCGUGUUGCACAGACACCGUCAGGGCAGCCAGCGAGGGCAGCCAGAGGGUGGAUGUGAGCGGAGCCAGGCACCGAGAGUUGCUGGGUGACAGCCUCACCCCGCGGCAGUUCAGGCCAUCCAUCACAAUUGGCCUUCCCCGAGCAGAUGGAGACUAUGACUAUGUGAUAGGAGAAUCCUACAGCGACGAGAGCUUGGGUGGGGAGUACGAGUACCAUUAUGUGAGCUUUGAUGACCCCUACAUGACAGACCCCAAGGUGAACAUCAGCAGGCAGCGUAACCCUGAUGACAUUGCUGAGCACUACCUGCGCAGCAGAGGCAACAAGAGGAGAUAUUACAUCGCAGCUAAAGAAGUCUGCUGGAAUUAUGCAGGAUAUAAGAAAAGUGCAAUGAGGAAUGACAAAACCUGUAAAGAUGGCAGCAGACGUAAGGUGAUUUUCCAGAGCUAUACAGACAGUACCUUUUCGACUCUUCAGGAUGAAGAUGAAUAUACAGAACAUCUUGGCAUCCUGGGACCAGUUAUUCGGGCUGAAGUGGAUGAUGUUAUCCUAGUUCAUUUUAAGAAUCUGGCAUCCAGACCAUAUUCCCUCCAUGCCCAUGGAGUCCUCUAUGAAAAGUCCUCUGAGGGAAGCGUUUAUGAUGAUGAAUCUACUGCUUGGUUUAAGGAAGAUGAAGUUCAGCCAAAUAACAGCUACAUAUAUGUAUGGUACGCAAGCCAGCGAUCGGGCCCUGUGCAGUCAGGAGCAGCUUGUCGGUCCUGGAUCUACUACUCUGAUUUAAACCUGGAGAAAGACAUUCAGUCUGGUUUGAUUGGGCCAAUACUGAUCUGUGAAAAAGGAGCCUUCAGCAAAUCAAACGGCAGCAGAGACUUUUUCUUGCUUUUUAUGGUCUUUGAUGAAGAGAAAAGCUGGUACUUUGACAAACAUUCUGGAAGGCCUUGUAAUGAGAAGACACAAGAAAUGCAGCAAUGCCACAAAUUCUAUGCCAUUAAUGGAAUUACCUACAAUUUGCAAGGCUUGAGGAUGUAUGAAGGUGAAACAGUCCGAUGGCACUUGCUGAAUAUGGGUGGGCCAAAAGACAUUCAUGUUGUUCAUUUUCAUGGACAGACUUUCAUAGAACAAGGAGAGCCAGAGCAUCAGCUUGGUAUAUACACUCUGCUUCCAGGCUCAUUUAGAACAAUUGAAAUGAAACCACAGAGACCUGGCUGGUGGCUUUUAGACACUGAAGUGGGGGAAUACCAGCAAGCAGGAAUGCAGACAUUGUAUUUGGUUAUAGAGAAAGAGUGCAGGAUUCCAAUGGGCCUGGCAAGUGGAGUUAUACUUGAUUUGCAGAUCGAUGCUUCACAUCACAUAGACUAUUGGGAACCUAAGUUAGCCCGAUUAAAUAAUUAUGGAACAUACAAUGCUUGGAGUACUACAGUGGAGGAAGAACUCCCUUGGAUCCAGGUGGACUUUCGAAGACAAGUUUUGCUCACUGGGAUACAGACACAGGGAGCCAAGCAGUUUUUUAAGUCCUUGUACAUUCAGAAGUAUUUUCUUGUUUACAGCAAAGACAAACGGACAUGGAACACCUUCAAAGGAGACAGCUCGCCAACAGGAAAGAUUUUUGAAGGUAAUUCCAAUGCCUAUGAGGUAAAAGAGAACAUCAUUGAUCCCCCUAUUAUUGCUAGGUACAUCAGACUCUACCCCACCGAGGUCUACAACAGGCCUACUCUUCGCAUGGAGCUUCUGGGCUGUGAAGUAGAUGGCUGCUCUUUGCCACUUGGAAUGGAAAGUGGAGAGAUCAAGAAUACCCAGAUAACAGCCUCAUCUGCUAAGACAUCCUGGUUUAACACAUGGGAUGCUUCACUUGCUCGUCUCAAUCAGAAUGGAAAGAUGAAUGCCUGGCGAGCCAAGUUUAACAACAACCAACAGUGGCUGCAAAUUGAUCUCCUCACAGUAAAGAAGAUCACUGCUAUUGCUACACAGGGGGUCACAUCCAUGUCAGCUGAAAACUUUGUGAAAACCUAUGUUCUUCUGUACAGCAAUGAAGGCUCUGAGUGGAAAUCCUACACAGAGGGUUCAAGCUCAAUGCCAAAGGUUUUCUUGGGUAAUGCAAACAGCAAUGGGCAUGUCAAGAAUUUUUUUAACCCCCCCAUCCUGUCCAGGUUUAUCCGCAUUGUUCCAAAAACAUGGUACCGUGGGAUUGCCCUUCGGGUAGAACUCUAUGGCUGUGAUUUUGGUGGAGGUCUGGCUGUGAAAAGGACUGAUGAGUCUGGGAGCUCUUAACCUGCCAGCAGUCAUCAUGCAGAACAACCUGUUUAUUAAGAAGCCUUUAAAACAGUCACACUUAGUAGUUUGGAUGUGUGCUUUGUCAAAGGAAUAUAAUGUUUUACCAGUAGGAUUGAGAGAUUUCUCUGGCUGGUGUUUCAUUCCUACAAAUACACACUUUAGAAAACAGCUUCUUUUCCCUGGGAAAAGCUCUUUUCAGCUUCUUUUCUCUGGAAGAAAUAGUAGUCCCUUCUGAUUAGUAUUAUCACUUCUUCAUUAUAACCAGUACUCUGUCUUACUUUUUACUUAAUUUUAAGUCCUAAAUCCCUAGGAAUGGAGACUCUGGCCUUGAUCCUGAGCCCUGACUAUCUCCAUUUUGUAAUGCUUUUGCAGCACAGAUGAGGAAUAGAAAACUAUAGCAGGUGGAUGUUCUCCGUACGUAAGGCUGAGAGGGAAAACCAGUGCUGAUCUGGAGCUGUGGUGCUGCGUUCCAGCAGUGCCUUGGUGAGAAAUGAUUGUAGGGGUGGCCUCUCCUCCACAUGUCUUUCACCUGCACUGUGGCAAAGGCAGGACAUGUCUCAGCAUUGAGGUAUGUGCAACCCCUUCUCAGAGAACGUGUGCUGCUAUUGUUGGUUUGGUUCUUGCAUACCCAGCACACCUGAAUGAUUUGGAUUUCAGAGAAUUCAUCUUCAGUGCCCUGGAAAGGGAAAAGGGGGUCAGCAGUACCUUUCCAUCCCAGAAACGAAUAGGGAAGUGAUUUAACCUGGCAGAUCAUGGAACAGCAAUGGGAGAACCAAAAUGAGAAUUCAGAAGUCCUGAUGCUCAGUUCCAUAUACAAUUUUAGACUGUUGAGACAGGGAGCUCCCUUGAUGAGGAAAACUUUGAGAACUGCAGCUGUUCAGUGACAGUACAGCCUGGGGGUGGCAGAGGAGGAUUAGAUGAAACUGGGUUACAGAAACAGCUGCAUCUUCUUUUACAAUUUUACAGCAUUUUCACUAAUGGAAAUACUCUUGUGCAUAGAUUUUACAUGGAUUUUUCCCAGGAUAACUACAUCUGAAAAUAGAUACACAGUCCAUGAACUCAUUAUUCCAGCAGAAUUUUAGCUAAGCUUUCAGUAGUAUUCUGGACUUCUAUCCUGUAAAUUGUUUAUUUGCAGCACUUAUCACACUAGGUACUAUUCAGCAGGCUGGAUUUUUAAAGUAGUUUGUCUUUGAACCUUGGAUGGUGUUAGCCAGUUUUAUUUCAACAGUUUUUAAUUUCCUUCUCUUACUGAACAUACAUUUUAAAGAGAAGGUAUGGAACAGGAGUGAAAAAAGUGUAAAAACUAACCAAAUAUUUACUUCUGUUUUUUUUUCUUUUUUCCUAUGUCACAAACUGUUGUAAUUUUCCACUGAAAAAUAAAGAUAAUAUUGUAGCAUGAAAGGCAUCAACAUUUUAUUUUGUAUAUUUGCCUCUACAGUAGUAGCUCUGGUAAUAGUGAAGGUUUGCAACAGGAAUGUAAAAUUUUCAGUGCCAAUUAGAAUUAAUUUCAAAUGGAGAAACAGUAUGAGUAAUUGCUUCAUCUUUAAAGGCUGGUUUAUUAGUAUUAUGUAAUUGUGCUUAAUUUAUUUUUGUUUGACACCACCAUGAAAUUUCAACACAAGCCAUAUUCACUAAAAAAAAGAAAGACAUGUAAACUUUGGAAUGAGGUUUUACCUUGGAAAACAAUCAAUAAAUGCUUGCUAACUUCAGCAGAACCAA